UUUAAUUUAUUUAAACCCAUUUAAAAUACUUUAUUGAUUUUGAUGCCGACUUGGAUUAUGUGCCGUCUAUAUUCAAUGUAGAAUUAAUAUUAGUAUGAUUAUAAGUUUUUAAAAAAAUAUAUAGUUUAUUCUAGAUAUAUAUCUAGUUUCUGUGAUGGGUUUAUUAACCGAUCCGAACUCUGAAAGAGGGUCUAUUGGAAAAUUUUUAGCGAAAUGGUAUACUCCGAUUACUUUUGUAAUGUGGACAGCAGGUGUGGUUUGGUUCUGUGCAUUGGCUCACAUACAAUUUAAUAAUGAAAGAUAUUUUUCUGAAAACGCAUUACUCCCUGGAUUAGUACAAUCUGAAACUACAGAAGAAGUUGCAUCAAUGUCACGUACAAUUUUAAAUGAAUUGAUUAUGGAAUCACAGCGUUUUCACGAAAGCAUGCCAUAUUCAUUUCUUUUGGCUAAGAUGCAAGCUAUUGGAUUAGAAGCAUAUGAACAUAAUUUUACAUUAAAAUACCCGUUAAGUCAGGAACAGAUUUACGUGGGUAGAAAUGUGUAUGGAAUACUACGAGCACCAAGAGCUGCAAGCACAGAAAGCCUUGUAUUCAGUAGCCCAUUUAGAAGUUCUAAAUCAUACAAUGACAACACAUUACCAGGAAUUGCUGCAAUGUUAUCGUUUGCUCAUUUUGCAAGAAAGCAAAAGUAUUGGGCAAAGGAUAUAAUAUUUCUCAUAACUGAACAUGAAAUGUUGGGCAUGCAAGCUUGGCUAGAAGCAUAUCAUGGCGUGAGUGAAGAUAUUGAUGCACCGACUGGACAUGGCAAAGCUCUGAGAUCAGGAAAGCUCAAAAGUCGAGCAGGUGCAAUACAAGCUGCAAUCAAUUUAGAAUUACAUGAUUUGAAAUUAGAUCAUAUAGAUAUUAAAGUUGAAGGUUUAAAUGGACAAUUGCCAAACUUGGACUUAAUUAAUUUGUGCCAUAGAAUGUGCAUUAAAGAAGAUAUAAGGAACACAUUCAAACAUAAAUUAGCAACAGGAAGUGGAAAACGAAAGCAUGUCUCUUUCUCAAUGAAUCAGUGGUUGGAUAAUUUUCAUACUAUGAUGAAUAUGGUACUUACACAAGCAACAGGGAUGCCAAAUGGUAAUCAUGGUCUUUUUCAUCGAUUUGGAAUUGAGGCGGUUACAUUAGAAGGAAUAUCGCGAGAUGAACCUGCUGCACAAUUUGUAAGCCUUAAUCCGUCUCAACCCAUAAAAACUAUACGACUUCUAGAAGACUUAUCAAGAAGUUUAAAUAAUUUACUAGAAAGAUUUCAUCAGAGUUUUUUUUUCUACAUUCUGCCCUCUACUGAUAGAUAUAUAUCAAUAGGACAAUAUAUGCCUGCUCUCUGUCUUAUUGUUGGUGCUUUAUUUAUAAUGGCAUUUGCGUUAUGGCUUAAUAUUUUUGAAGAACCUGGUGAGUCUGACAUUCAAAUAUUAUCAAAGAAUAUUGAAUUUGAUUUGCUGUCAAUUGGUGGAACAGUAUUAUUUUCUCAUGCCAUUGGUAUUUUCUUAAUGACAAUACCAGAAAUUUUAACUAAAUUGGGAACUAGAUAUUUCAGUUUUAACACUGAUGUAUCUUUAUUUUAUGGAUAUUCACUAUUAAGUAUAAUUACUAUACUGGUUCCUUAUGUUAUCAAAAAAUUUGCAAAGUAUUCAGCUUAUGAUUGCAUUGUGUUAAAUAUCUUAGCAAUGUUAGAAUUAGCUACAUUGUUAUUAGCUGUUGGGAUGAAUAAUUUUUCAAUGGCAAUGCUUAUUGGCAGCAUCUUUGUACCAUUAGCUACAUUUUUAACACCAAAAAAUAGGUUUACAAGAGGCUCAAAAAAUUUUUGGCUGUUGUUACAGCCAUUGGUGUUAUUUUCUCUAUUUAUCAUGGUUUCUAGUUUUAUUUAUUUUCCAGAAGAAGAAUAUAUGAGUGUGUUAAUAAGAAGUUAUACGGCUAUAAAAGCAUCGAUAACUUAUGGAGUGGUUGAUUCAAUAAUUUAUGGCAAUUGGGCCUUCAAUAUGACGACAGCUUUCCUAGUACCAAAUUGGAUUUUGUUUUGGAUUGUAUACAAUACAAAUAGCGAAGUUAAAUGUAAAAAUCAAUAAUGAUAAUAAAGACUGAUAAAAAAUAAAUAUAAUA